GGUCAGUCUUGGAAGAGUUACAAGGAAGCUCACCUUUGUCACCAGUGGAUUGGUCAACAACCUCAACUUCUACGGACAAGACAUCACGACCAUGUGCAGCGGACUCACCAUCUACAGAGCUUAUGAAGUUCACGGACUCCAAGUCAACCAGGGACCAUGCGUCACCCUCAAUGUCCUGAAAGUUGUGGACCUUAAGUACUGCAACAGCAAUAUCCAGAGUGACCAGCAAUCACAGCAGACGGAUAAUGACCCUGAAAUCAACUUUGGUGGUGAUGGUCAGAUUUCCUUUGGUGGGGGAGACUCCCAAAUCUCCAUCUCUGGUGUCUCGCAAAGCAUUAACAUCAACAGCCAAACACAAGAAGCAAUUAUCGAGCAAAAGAGCAAGCGUUUGUCUUGGAAAACCAUCUGGAACUACAACACGGGCGUCAUUGCAACCAAAGUCCUGCAACAGAACGCCUGCUACAUUUCCGUCAUGAACAGAACCGAGAUGCCCAGCUUUGAUUCUCUUGUGAAAGUGGCUGCACAGGGCGGGAACCUAGUGAGUCUUGGAAGACCUGCAAGGAAGCUCACCUUUGUCACCAGUGGAUUGGUCAACAACCUCAACUCCUAUGGAGCAAACACAAUUGCUAUGUGCAGCGGACUCACCAUCUACAGAGCUUAUGAAGUUCACGGACUCAAUUACACCUACAAUACACAAUCAUGCACUGCACUUGAUGCCCUUCGACUUGUGGAGUUGAAGUACUGCAGAGAAAAUGGCCUGAAUUACGAGCUCCACAGCUCUCAGCUUUCUUGAAACAAGUGUGAGGGCUCCAGAGCUGCUGCCUAAAGCCAACCCCGGUGCCCUUCUUCCCUUGCUUUUCCUCUGUCAAGAGUUUUGGUCUUGAUGGGUCAGAUGCUGAAACAGAUCAAUUGGUGACCAAAGCUUUCAAUUAAAAAUCUUUUGCAUAGAA